CUAACGUAAGUUGCGAUUGAACCUUUGUGUAAUGAUGUUGCUGAAUGAUGACUGUGUUCUAUUACAUCAUAUGUUGGAGUUUGUUCGUAAGGAUGGCUGCUAAAGUUGAACUGUACUUUGAUGUUGUACUUUGACCUAAGGUAAAGAGUCCUGGCUACACAAAAUGGCAGCCGUUAAAAUGGUGUCCCAUCUGGUGCUGGGGGCUAUGUUGCUUUCCUGGGUUACUCUGGUACAUGUGACCUGUCCCGAGGGCUUUCCACAGACCACCUGCCCCGAGGGCUGUCCCGGACAGGAUUGUCCUGAGGGCUGUCUACAGCCGACCUGUCCCGAGGGACGUCCCCAGGCAGUCUGUCCCAAGGGCUGCGAGUGUCUUGAAGGAACGAGGAUCGUGAACUGCAGCCGACUUGGUCUCACAUCAGUCCCCUCAGGCAUCCCGACAAACGUACAACAGCUCAUCUUGGAACACAACAAUAUCGCCAGGGUCUCCAAAGAAGACUUCGCGAACCUCACUUCUGUGGAGUCCAUCGACCUGAGCGAUAACAAACUGAACAGUCAGUCCAUCGCCGCUGGAACCUUUGACGAUCUGCCCUCCCUCGGCACGCUCGACCUGUCCUAUAACAAGAACCUUGACGAUUUUCCGGCCUACCUGCCCUCAAAUCUGACUUAUCUGUACUUCAUUUCCAACAGCGCCGUCCAUGUCAGCGCUGACGCGUUUGCCAACCUGACAGAAAUCGUCCAUCUGGACUUCUCUGAUAACAAAGUCGAGACCAUCGCACCGGGAGCUUUCAGGAACCAACAAAAACUGCAAGUUCUUUACUGCGACUUCAACAAACUUAAAGACGACGGGAUCCCUCCGAGUGUCUACAAACCUGCGAAAAAGCUCCAAAAUCUUGGACUGCGGUUUAACCAGCUGACCCGCGUACCUGUAGACCUUCCCGUGGGUCUCCAGGCCUUGGAUCUGGUCGGGAAUCACAUCAUAGAGCUUCCGUCUAAAGCCUUUCUGAACCUGACGGAACUGCAGAGUCUAGCCUUCUGGGAGCAGCCGUCUCUCACUACCAUAGACGACAACGCUUUCUACGGACUCAGCAAAAUGCAGGGUAUGGACGCCUCCUCGACUGGGAUAAACAAAAUCACGAACGGGACGUUUAACGGACUAAGCGGGAUGGGAGAACUGGUUUUAGGGGAGUGUAAGAUCCCGGACAUCCCAGUGGGAGCUUUUCACCAGAUGAAGAGUCUGGCAACUCUGUGGCUGGAUGGCAACCUGCUCAAGACGCUGGACCCGGGGGUUCUCGAUCGAAGGUUUCUGUCUCACCUGUCCGAGGUGUACCUGUGGGGAAACCCGUGGACGUGUGACUGCCACCUCCGCUGGCUGAAGGAACACAUCGACAGCAACAACACCGCGCCGACUGUCGACUCGCCACACGUCAUGACAUGUAACGCACCGACUAAGCUGAAAGGCCGGGCCUGGGACACGCUGACUGCCGAAGAAUUUGUUUGUGGAAUGGACAUUUAAUAUCUGUAAAAACACAAUCUCUUCUGUCCGUCGCUAUUGCAACAAAAAUAAACGGUCCUGUCUAUUCGUUGAAGAUUUAUCAUUUUCAGUUAACAAAUGAUGUGGUGUGACUUGAAAGCAGCUAUUCCUUGUAUCUCACGAUCAACAUGUAUUCUACAAUGUGCAAGUGUACAUGAUGUAAGUAAUCCUUUCCUUGGCGCCAUUUCAAUGAAUGAAUAACAUAUUCACAGGCAACACAUUUUUGUUAUUUAGGUGAAAAACAAUAAAGAAUGGCUACAAUCCAUAGGAGGAAUAAAGCAAAACAUAUCUGAUUUGGGAAUAUUUUUUCGUGCUAUGCUGUGUGCUUACCAAGCUUAGACUAACCACAAUAUCUUGUUCAUGCAUUAAAAAAAGUACCGAUUCUUUUGACUAUGGAGUGGCGCGACUCAAUUUCGUUCUCCUUCUUGGAAUAAGCUUGAGUGACACUUUUAUGACGUUUUAAUUCGUCUGCAAUACGUAUGUAUUUACUCAAGUCAGCACGCACAGUCCUUUAUUUGGGACAAUGCGCAUGCCCACCCCCAACCCCACAAUAAUCGAAGAAUACCGAAGACGACGAUUGCUACAUUUGAUAACUGGGUCCGAGGACACAUCUGGACACUACAUUGAGGGGACCAUAGAACACUACAAAUCGGAAGAAAAGCAUUUACGUCAUUCUGUCACGUUAGAAUUUGAAACAAUCAAAUCAGCAAAAGAUACAUUUGUAACAAGACGUAACAUAUGGCACAGUUUUACGCUUUUGGAUGGAGACCACGUCUGAGAAUAUGGCUAAGUAAAGGUAAGCCUUCACUGUUUUGUGGCAUCAUUAUCAAACGACUUCAGCCGACAUGUUUGUCGUCAUCGCUAUCGUGCUUGUACAGUUCCUAAUAAGCGUCAACGCCGCCAACAUUUGUUGGACGUACGGUAA